AUGCAUAAAUCAGAGACAUUACCAUUAUCAAUAUUGGAUACAAAGAAUAAAUUAUUUGAUAAAAUUGAUGAACAUGAACGUUGUGAUAUAAUUAUAUCUAAUUUUCUCUUCGAUGAUUUAUUUGCAUCAAAUGACGCACUUUGCAUUACUCAUCUUGAUUCUGUUUCGGUACAAUCGUCUAAAGUUACUCAUCAACGACCAUCAUCAAAUAGUGGACGACAAAAUAAUCGUAGAUUAGGAUCAACAAAUAGUUCACGAAAUUCUAAAAGGUUUUUUUUU